AUGCAAGCCCCGCCUGUACGAUGUCUAAACCAAGAGAGGAAAGUGGAAGUCGAACCUCCCGGCGCAUUUGUUGUCAAACUCGCUGGCACUUCGUUCAGGUUAUUUUCCUGUCUAACUCUGUGGAUUAAAGAUUAAAGGGGCAUGACGACGGGCGUUUGCUGCCACCAGCCCGGCGACCCGUGUGACUGUGCCAAAGUCAGCGACGUUAAAACGACCGUGGCGGAAGAAGGAGGAGGCAGCGAGUCCCCGGCACACUGCUCUGUGCAGGUCAUGACCUUUGAUGAACACUUACUAUCCUCUGCGAUCAAACCUCUGCCAAACGAUGGUCCCAUUUGUCGCAUCUGCCACGAGGGAGGCUCGGCGGAAGGCCUGCUGUCCCCGUGCGACUGCACCGGCACGUUGGCCACGGUGCACAAGAGCUGCCUGGAGCUCUGGUUGUCUUCCUCCAACACCAACUACUGCGAGCUGUGCAACGCCCACUUCAGCAUCCAACGCAGACUCAGGCCUUUCACAGAGUGGCUGCACGACAAGAACUUGCGCGAGGAGAGGAGGUUGGCGUUCUGCGAUAUCAUCUGCUUCCUGUUCGUUACGCCGCUGGCCACCAUUUCGGGUUGGUUGUGCCUGAAGGGCAUCAAAGAUGACCUCCACCUUGGCAGCUUGCUGCAGAAUACGGGUCUCAUCUCCCUCACCCUCAUCCUCUUCACCAUCUACGUAGUCUGGACUAUGGUGUGCCUGCGGUUCCACUGUAAGUUGUACUCGGAGUGGAGAAGAAAGGAGCAGAAAGUGCAGCUGAUCGUCCCAAAAGUCACGGAAGCUGUAUCUUCCCAGCAUGCCUUGCUCUCCACCCCCCCCCCCUCAACACACCCUCUGAUGACAAUCCAGUAUGAGAGUCAAAAGGAGGAUGUGUUUUUCUGCAGGCUUUCUUUUGACUGAUGUUUUUAUUAGCGCUCUUGCAAGGUUGAUUCUGACAUGGGAAAAAUCCUAACAACAUGGGAGGAUGUCUGAAAAGUCCGUCGUUUUGCUUUGAAGUAGAAAUUUUAGGCUCUGUUUUGUCAAAGUUCCGGUGUAUAUUUUGACAGAUUUCUACUAAAUUUGAACCUCUUAAGCUAGACAGAUGGAUGAUGAUAAAUUGAGAAGAUAUUUGCAGAGGUUCUUCAGAGCACAAUCCUGCACAGAUGGUCUUGUGACAGCACCUUCACUUGGCACACGGUUGAUUAGGAUUUUAUUUAUGAACAAAUUGUUUUUGAUUAGCUGCAUCAUCAUAGUGGCCCCUGACAACAAUCUAAAAAUCUUUUCUUUUUUUUCAGCUCUGUAUCAUUUGUUAUGCUUGCAAAUUCUUCAUUUAUUGUGUUGUGUGUGUUUGAUUGUAUUAUUUAUUUGGAUUAAUAACUGUGAUUUUAUGUUCUUGCAUUUCUUGUAUUUAUAUUGAUGACUUGUUAUUAAAAAGGACAAUGUAAA